AGCCCUCGACGGGAACGCAGAGAGCAGGACACCUGGAGCAGGAGCACGAUGGCCUCCGGCGAUGGCGACACCAUCAACACCAUCGACUUGGACAGCUCCUCGGCGUCGCAGGCCAAACUGGCGGAGCCCAGCAAUGCCUCCACCGACCAUGUGGGAAACUCAUCGCCCGACCUGGGCAACCGACCGAUGCGAGCGGCCAGCAAGGCGGACAAGGAGCGCAAGAUUGGCCACAGACGCGUCGGCGAGGGCGGCGAGAUCACAUACAAGAAGAUACAGACGUCGCAGAUCAUGGGCUCCAUUCAACUGGGAAUCCAGCACACUGUCGGCAGUCUAGCCUCGAAGCCCAAGCGUGAUCUACUUAUGAUGGACUUCUGGGAAAUCGAGAGCAUCACCUUUCCGCCAGAGGGUUCUAGCCUUACACCUGCCCACCACUAUAGCGAGUUCAGAUACAAAAUCUACGCGCCCAUCGCUUUUCGCUACUUUCGGGAUCUGUUCGGCAUCCAGCCAGAUGAUUUUAUGAUGUCCAUGUGUACGUCCCCACUGCGGGAACUGUCCAAUCCUGGUGCUUCCGGCUCUAUAUUCUACCUGACGACCGACGACGAGUUCAUCAUCAAGACGGUGCAACACAAAGAGGGCGAAUUCUUACAGAAACUACUGCCUGGUUACUACAUGAAUCUAAAUCAAAAUCCGCGCACGCUAUUGCCAAAGUUCUUCGGAUUGUACUGCCUGCAGACGAGCAACGCCAAAAAUAUUCGCCUGGUGGUCAUGAACAAUCUGCUGCCCUCAUCCGUAAGAAUGCACCUGAAGUACGACUUGAAGGGCUCCACGUUCAAGCGCAAGGCCAACAAGGCGGAGCGCGCCAAGAAGUCGCCCACGUAUAAGGACCUCGACUUCAUGGAGCAGCAUCCGAACGGCAUUUUCCUGGAGGCCGAGACCUACUCCGCGCUGAUCAAGACCAUUCAGCGCGACUGUACGGUGCUGGAGUCCUUCAAGAUCAUGGACUACUCCCUGCUCCUCGGCGUCCACAACCUGGACAUUGCGCUCAGGGAGAAGCAGAGCGAGCAACGGAAACCGCUGAGAGCUCCGCUGGCCGAGGACUCCGACGUGGAUGGGGACGAUCCGCUGGACGCCCUGGAUGGCGACGCCAAGGAUCGCGAUGCGGCCACGGGCAUAAGUAGAAACAAUGCGGCAUACAGGUCCGUCAAUCGUCAGCGUUUAGUGGCCCACUCCACGGCCAUGGAGAGCAUUCAGGCGGAGAGUGAACCCAUCGACGACGAGGAGGAUGUGCCACCUGGUGGAAUUCCAGCGAGGAGUGAGAAAGGCGAACGACUGCUGCUCUACAUUGGAAUCAUUGACAUUCUGCAAUCCUACAGGCUGAAAAAGAAACUGGAGCACACUUUCAAAAGCAUCAUACACGACGGGGAAACCGUAUCGGUCUGCCGGCCCUCGUUCUAUGCUCAAAGAUUCCAAAACUUUAUGGCCAAGACCGUGUUCCGCAAGAUACCCUCCCUGGAUCUCCCAGAGAUCAAAGGGAAUCACAGAAAAUUUCGUACCUUGGUAACCAGCUACAUAGCGCUUAAACAUUCGCCAUCGAAGAGAAAAAGCCUUUCCAAGGCUAUUCAGCGCUCCAUCGACAGCGACAACGAGGUGGUCACGCGGCCGGUUCACGCCUCGCACUCGCACAGUAGUGGCAAGAUUCACCAGCCAACCAAGCCGCCCACCACCGAGCCCACGCCAGCGGGAGCGGCAGGUGGAGCCGUAGGAGGAGCAGCUGCCCUUGGUCCAGCUAGCGCCAGUGCCACCAGCGAGCGGGCACCUCCGCCCGUCAGGCAGCGGACUCCGGCGGCCAGCAAUCUGAAGACACGAGUGCCACCGCCAGUGCCACCGCGUGGUUCUCCGCGGCGCAAGGAUGCCCAGGAUCGGACGACACCAGGCACAACGCCCUCAUGCAGCUCGACUCCUCCCCCCGCCUUUGACGACAUCUCCGAGGACAGCUCGAACAAGAACAGCACCUCGUCGAUGGGGCGCCGGUCCCAUCAUCAUCACCACCAUCACCAGCAGUCGCAGCAGCAUCAGCAAUCUUACUACCUGGAUCGCAAGAUGAACAUUGGACCCGCCUAUCGAGGCUCCUACAAGGAGGACAUCGUGAGCGUCUCCGAGGUUCAUCUGGAUACACUGUUGGCGGUGGACACCUCGUCGAGCAGCCAGUACGGGUCCCGCGGCGGUCUGGCCUGGACACCGCCCGCUUCAGGUGAGGGCUCCACUCCCACAUGGACAGAGGGCACACCCAGUUUUACGGACUCCAGUUCGAGUGGUGAUCUCGACAACUUCUCGCCCAUAAACUCAUCUAAAAUCGAUCGACACAAGCCGACGGUGGAAGAUGCCAUCAACUCUCUGUCCGCGGGAAUGGUAAAUAUCGGAGGUGGCCAACUCUAGAUACGAUCCCAAGCACACAAAGAAACCUCCUGAUCCGCAGCACCCACGACACCUCCUGCUCAGGGAUAACAUACUCAUACCCCAGAGAUAGUCGCACACGCCCAUGUAAAAUCGUACAUUAUUAGACUUUUCCAAAUUGCAAUCCAUCUUCCGUUUGGGUGUUCUUCACUCCCCAUUUGCUGUCUGCAAUCCACUGACUCAUAACCUCUCUAUUGCAUUCUUAUAGAUCAACUAACAUAGCAUGUGAUGACGGAACACAAGACACACCAACCCAUAUACAUCACGAUGUGGACAGAGUCCGAGCAAAAUAUGCCUCAUACUCUUACAUACUGAUUAUGCUUGCGUGUUCAGGCGCUAUUGUAUAGCUAGGAUAUAAUCAAAAGGCGCCCCACGUAGAAAAGAUUCCCAUGACAAGCCCACGCCCACGCCCACGCCCACGCCCACGACAAUGACCACAUCGACACCUUCCCAUCCCUUCCAGCGGACAUCGGGUGAAAUCUAUCCAGCAAAUACAUAACUCAACACUGCAAAUGAUAUUAUACACGAAAGCAUACUCCCCAUAUACAGAACUACAGAAGCAUAAAGCAAAUAAAUGGCAAAUCAAAUAUAUAUGAGUAAAGUGCGCAGGAUGGCAUCCAGUUGGAGAUCCGAGAACCGAGAUCCGCAAUCCCGUUCCCCUAUACAUUUAGUGUACGGUGUAAAGAGUUCGUUAUGCGUUCGAUCAGAUAAUAUGAAAAUAUACAAUACACUGAGAUUAUAUAAACAAACGUUUUUGCGAUACUUUCGAUCUCCGAUAUAUCCACAUAAGUACGUAUUAUGUAUACCUAUGUAUAAUCAGCAAUCGCGAUAUUACAAUAUUAUUGUAAAAUAUUUCAAUUUACAAGCCAGACAAACAAAGAGCAAAAUUAUAUACAUAUUAUUCAUCUGUAUUUAUUAACAAUAAUUGUAACUCGCUUAGGUUAACUCAAAACACAAAACCAGAACGGAACGGAACGGGACGGGACUAACAUAUUAUAUUACAUACAUACACCAACGGACGGACCCGGACUGUGGACAACUCUCGA